CAUUUACAGCUGCAUCUCAUCCUCUCCAGAAGUAGCAGAGAUGGUCACCCUCGAGGAUGUCAAGAAGAUGAAAGUGCAGGAAUUGCGUGAUGAGCUGGAGGCUAGAAGCUUGCCAACAGCGGGCCUGAAAGCAGAGCUUGUUGAGCGCUUAGAAGAGGCUCUGGGAGGCGGGGAUGGUGAUGGCGCUGCUGCAGAGGACGCGCCUGCUGAGGCUGAAGCCCCAGAUGCACCUGCUGCUGAAGAGCCUGCCCAGGAGGCUCCUGCCGUCGAGGAGCCAACCCCUGCCGAGCCAGUGGCGGUGGAGACAACUGCCGUUGGCAUGGAGACUGCGGAGGUUGAGGAGCCUGCAGCCCCAGAGGUGCCUCAGCCUACAGAGGGAGCAGUGGCCACCCCUGAUGUGCCAGCCGUGACGGAGGCACCUGCACCUGUGGAGGCGCCUGCUGCAGAGCAGUUCGACGCCGUUGCGGCGGCCCAAGCACAAGCUCAGGCGAUCGCCGCGAAGUUUGCGCAGCAGCAAGCAGCCGGAGAAGGUGCUGCGGGAGGCGAGGACUUUGGGAACAAUAAGAGGAAGUUCGAAGACGAGCCGGUGGCGGACAGCGCGGAGGAGGAUCAUAUGCGAAAGCGCGCCAGCUUCAGUGGGCCUGAAGCCUUCAACGGGGGGAGCAAGUUCUCGGACGCUCCAGGCGGCUUCUCUGACGCAGCGCCAGCUGUUAACCCCGGCCUGGCUGACGCAUCCAACGGCGGCGGCGUGCCCAGCGGCAUGGCUGCACAGGGCCAGUUCUACGAAACCAUUGACAUCCCUGCGCCCAUGGUGGGCAAGCUGAUCGGCAAGGGCGGCGAGACCAUCAAGCAGCUGCAGUACAACACGAACACGCGCGUGCAGAUCGACCACCAGACCCCCGGCGAGGCCAAGAAGGUGUCCAUCCAGGGCGACAGCCAUGAGGCCGUGCAGGCCGCUAAGCAGCAGGUGGAGCAGAUUGUGUCCAUGGACGACUCUGGCGCCGGCGGCGCAUCCCAGUCUGUGGAGUGCCCCCAGGGGAUUGUGGGCCGCAUCAUCGGCCGCGGUGGAGAGACCAUCCGCGCUCUGCAGCAGGCCAGCCAGGCCCACAUAGUGGUGGACCAGAACUAUCCCGAGGGUGAGCCGCGCCGUGUCAACAUCUCCGGCCGCCCCGACGCCGUCGAGCGCGCCGUCAAGAUGGUCAGCGAGCUCAUCAGCGGCGAGCCCGGCUCCGCGCAGUCAAUCAUUCAGAAGGUGCAUUAUGGUGCUGGCGUGACGCGCGAGGUGCAGUGCCCCAAGGGCAUGGUGGGCCGCGUGAUUGGCAAGGGCGGCGAGACCAUCAAGGCCCUGCAGAAGAACUUUGGCGCCAACAUCCAGAUCGACCAGACCACCGACCCAAUGAAGAUCACCAUUGCGGGGCAGCCUCCUGCCGUGGAGAGCGCCGCUGCAGCUGUGACUGAGAUCAUCAACGGAGGCAACCCCUACCUGGGCCCCACCGCUGGCGCUGGCUACGGGGGAGCGCGUCCUGGCUUCGGCGCUCCAGGCGGCUAUGGCGCGCCAAGCUACGGAGCAGCUGGCUUCGGCGGCUACGGCGGAUACCCGGGGCAGGCCGCGCCACAGGCGUAUGGUGGAUACAGCCCCUACGGCUACGCGCAGCCCUACGGCGCGCCCCAGGCAGGCUAUGGGAGCUACGGCGGCUACGGCGCGGACCCCUACGCGGCGGCGGCUGGUGCCGGCGGCGGCUACGGUGGCUACGGAGGCGCGGCUGGCGGCCAGGGAGCAGCUGGCGGCGGCUCCGGCGGCUCUGGAACCUGGCAGGCACGCCUCUGCCUAAUUAUUGCAUGGUGCAUGCAGGAGCUGCAGGAUGACCAGGGCCGUGCAUACUACUACAACACCACGACUGGUGCAAGCCAGUGGGAGAAGCCGGCAGAGCUUGCCUGA